CUCUCUUUGAGGGAUGGUUGUCGGAAAAUUCUGGUGGCUGACAGUUUCAACUUGAUGGAACGCCUGGUGAAAACACAAAGAAGAGGUGUCUUUGUGGAUGGAAGCCAGCUGUGCACUGUAUGCAACCAGAGGCUGACAGUUAAUGACCUCAGAUACGCCAGCAACCUGAUAGUGUUCCACUGCCGUCAUGCAUUCCAUGAAGACUGCCUGCCUGCCUUUGUUACAAACUGUAUCAUCUGCAGCUCUGUGAAGAAAGACAGAAGGCCUGGGUCAAGAGAGCACUUUUUGAAAUAACUUUCUGCUGUUUUGUACAGCUCGUUGUUUCCAUGAGCUGUAAUGUUCAAUAACCGGAUCACUAAAUUGGUUUCUGUUUUCUGAUAAAAGUGCUUUUUAUUUGUUUUUAUUUAACUUUUCGUAAUCUUUGUUUUUUACAUAACAUUUGAUUGGGGGAAUAAUUUAAUAUUGCUUUUCAGUGUCAAACCCCUAUUGUUUCCCUUUUAUUUUCUGUCACAACUACAAUAUAUUUGAUAAUUGC